GAGUCGGCUGUCGUGGACGACCUCGCCCUCAUGUGCGUGUGCAAAGACAAUCGCCUCCUCGGAGACCAGCUGACCAGCCUGGUGACUAUCCUCCACAACACCAUGUUGAGCUAUGGCAUGAGCCUGAAGUAUAGGAAAGGUAAGUCCGCCAUCCUGCUCUCCAUUGGCACUGUUCAGACCAAGCACAG